GCUGGCAAGAGGAGGAGCAAACAGGCUGCAGACAGCAGGGGUGCCCAAAAGCAGGGAAGGAAGAGCGGAAAAGUCCACCAGUCCACCACCACCUUCCUCGGAUCCACAACCCGGACGCCCGAGUGCAGAGUGCUCCACCCGGGUCCUUUCUUCCUCCUUCCCCAGUCCCAGUCCCAGUAUCAGUACCAGUCCAAGCCCCACUCCCCACCCCGAACCUCGCAAGUAUUUUAGUCUUACUCCAUUCGAGCCCUACCACUACCAGUGGCAGGCGAGCGAGAGGCGGUGGAGGAGGAGCGGACGGAACCGUCGCCUGCUGCGUCUGCCUGCGAGAUCUAGGCGAGCGCGGCCAUGGGUGCUCGCUGCUCCAAGCUCUCCGUCUGCUGGUGGCCUCCCCACUUCAAAUCGCCAAUGCUCGAGAAUGGCGCCGCCGGAGAUGAUGGCAGCGGCGUGCCGGUGUUCGCCGAGUACAGCUUCGACGACCUCCGGGUGGCCACCGACGGCUUCGCCCCCGAUCGCAUCGUGUCGGAGCACGGGGAGAAGGCACCCAACGUGGUCUACCGUGGCACGCUCUUCAGCUCCGGCCGCACCGUCGCUAUUAAGCGCUUCGGCCGCUCCGCCUGGCCGGACUCACGCCAGUUCCUGGAGGAGGCGAGGGCUGUUGGGCAGCUGCGUAGUGGCAGGCUGGCCAAUCUGAUCGGUUGCUGCUGCGAGAGCGGCGAGCGUCUCCUCGUCGCAGAGUUCAUGCCGCACGAGACCUUGGCAAAGCAUCUCUUCCACUGGGAGACAAAUCCAUUGAGUUGGGCAAUGAGGAUGAGGGCUGCGCUUUAUGUGGCACAAGCGUUGGACUACUGCAGUAGCAAAGGGAGGGCACUCUAUCAUGACCUGCAUGCAUACAGGGUUGUCUUUGAUGUGGAUGGUAACCCAAGAUUAUCAUGUUUUGGUCUGAUGAAGAACAGCCGAGAUGGAAAGAGCUACAGUACUAAUUUGGCCUUCACGCCUCCUGAAUAUCUUAAGACAGGCAGAGUAAGUCCUGAGAGUGUGGUUUACAGUUUUGGCACUGUCUUGCUUGAUCUCCUGAGUGGAAAGCACAUUCCACCAAGUCAUGCACUCGACCUUAUAAGAGGAAAGAACUUUCUAGUGCUGAUGGAUUCUUGCUUAGAAGGUCAUGUAUCCAACUCGGACGGAACAGACUUGAUGCGAUUAGCAUCCCGUUGCCUGCAAUAUGAAGCACGUGACCGUCCAAAUCUGAAAACUGUGGUAUCUGGUCUCACAAGUCUCCAGAAAGAUGCUUAUACUCCUUCGCACACUUUGCUUGGGAUUCAACAUGAUAAGAACAACUCAGGUCAAGUUUCCUUAUCUGCUAUUGGGAAAGCUUUUGCCAGAGCAGACCUGAAUGAAGUGCAUGAAAUAUUGCUGCAUGAUGGAUAUAAUGAGGACGACGAGGCUAAUGCUGAGUUCCUCGACUCAGGUGCAGUGGUGGCUCCAACCAUGCUGGGACGGAGAUGCUUCGCACAUGUGGUGGCCGGCAACCCACAGGAAGGCCUCGAGGAUGCAAAGAGAGCCGAGAUUAUUGCAUCGGACUGGCCGAUGGGACACUACCUGCAGGCCCUGGCACUUCAUAAGCUGGGUAGGGAGGCUGAAAGCCAAGAAGCACUGAAGAAUGGCACUGCCUUGGAAGCUGCAAGGAAUAGUAGAGCUAGAACUGUAUAGCCCUGAAUUUGUGAUACCAUGCCCUUCCUGCUUGUACCUAGAUCGCCUGCAUUUCGGGUGCCUACCUCCAAUCCAAUGCUUUGCCACCAGUAGGGUUGUUUUUGGUAUUCCCUAACUUGUAUCGUUAUUUCCCGUGGUUUUACAAGUCGAAGAACUCCUAGGUCAGCUGUUAUUACACCUCCAAUAUAUCCAUGAAUACAGGAAUGGGCAACUAGUCUGCUAUAGCAUUCUGUUGAUGCGAGUUUGUAAAGUGACAGGAUUUCGAUUUAUUUCAACAAACCCAUGUAUAUACAAACUUUUGAACUCUGCAACUUAAGAUAUUUGAGGCCAGGCAACCUUCAACUGUUGUUAA